GCAGCUGACAAGAAGCUUCAAGUAUCAUCCAUAUUGUCCCAUUCAAGCAACGUGUUCACGCAUCCUUGGGAAAUUCAGCUGGAGAAGAACAGGCCACACAAGCUGUGUACCCUUUGUAGUUCUGGGACAAAAGAGGCUUUGAUCAGAGUAUAGCUUUUGGUAGAAACUGCCUUAUAGUGUCAAGAAUAGCCAAACACCUCAAGUUCUGCUAGUAACCUCUUGGCACACACUAAAUCAUAAUGGAUGCCGAGUAUGUCCUGUGCAAUUGGAAAGACCAAUUAUGGCCAGCAAAAGUUUUAUCUAGAUCUGAGAUGUCAUCAAACAGCAAGAGAAAAAAGACAUUUUCCCUAGAAGUUCAAAUACUCUCACUGGAUGAAAAAAUUAAAGUGGAAAGCACAGAAACAAAGAUUCUAAAUAAAUCUCAAAUUGAAGCCCUUGCCUCCUCACUAGCAGCACAGUCAGAAGUCAGUUCUCCACCUAGAGAGGAAACAGCCUAUGAAAGGUCACUAAAAGUGGCACUGGAUAUUCUGAAUGAAAAAACAAAUUUGAGCCAAGCAAGCAGUUCAGAUGAAGAAGCAACCUUUACUCUGUCUCAAAAUGAUCCACAAAAUCUUUCUGAUUCACCCCCUCGUAAAAAGUAUCGGAAGCAUGAAGGAGAUGGAGACUUUUCAAAAUGUCUUGAGGAAAGUGAAAAUGCAACAUCCCUGUCAGUAGCUAAUUUAGAGAAUAAUGAUUCCCUGUGUGAUGAUAAAUCACAGGUGCAUGCAACCAUUGAUACUCUUGCAAAUGAAAUGGAAACAAAGUCAUCAGAAAACUCCAGCUGGUAUGAAACUUUUCCUUCACUUUCAGAAUAUGAGGAUGAAAAAGAAAGCAAGAAAAAGAUUGAUAUCUUGGCAGUUAUGCCUCUGUAUUCCACAAUCAAAGAAGAGGACGUAUGUGUUAAAGAUGAAAAGUUCACUCCAACUUGGUCAUCAGACACCUUCAUUGUUCCCAAAGCUGUGAAAGAGGAGGCACAGGAUAUUUGUCCAGAGACCCUGGCUGUUUCCUCUGAAUGCUCUACCUUCUCAGAUAAUACUGAAGAUCCAGGAGAGGGUCCCUCAAAUCCGUGCUCAAGUACCAGCCAGAAUCAACCUGUUGAAAUAGAAACAGGUGCUGCAGCAUCCCCCAGGCGUUGUUCAUGGGAAUGUCAGGUUUCACUUAGUGCCUCUAACCGUGUCCUGGAUUAUUCACUCCUUCUCACGAAUAAUGAAAGAAAUCUUCAGAGACUGGAUUUUGAAGAACUUGGGGAAGAACUUCAAGCUUCUGAUAAGUCAGCACAGCUAAAUCCUAUUCAUGCUUCCAUAUUAGAUGACAAUGAGGAAGAUGAAGAACUUCCACGCUUUGUUUUUAAUUAUGAACCUCGUUCAUUUGAAACAGGAAUGAUAGUCUGGUUUAAAUAUCAAAAAUACCCAUUUUGGCCAGCAGUGGUGAAAAGCAUCCGGCGAAAAGAGAGAAAAGCAAGUGUGCUUUUUGUUGAGGCAAGCAUGAAUCCUGAAAAGAGAGGCAUUAGGGUGCCUUUUAGAAGAUUAAAGAAAUUUGAUUGUAAAGAGAAACAAGCACUAGUGGAUAAAGCCAGGGAGGAAUACAGUGAAAGUAUUGACUGGUGCAUCUCACUGAUUUGUGACUACAGAGUUAGACUAGGUUGUGGUUCUUUUGCAGGUUCUUUUCUUGAGUAUUAUGCUGCUGAUAUUAGUUAUCCACUUAGAAAAGUAAUAAAACAGGACACCUUUAGGAACUUAUUUCCAAAGUUGCAUAAUGAGAAUUCUGCAGAACAGAUGGUUGUCACUUCUCAGACCAAGAAAAUGUCCUUCCAGAAAAUUCUUCCUGACCGAAUGAAGGCUGCUCGGGACCGAGCCAACAAGAACCUAGUGGACUUCAUUGUGAAUGCAAAGGGAACAGAGAACCAUCUUCUAGCCAUUUUAAAAGGCACGAAAGGGUCCAGGUGGUUGAAGUCAUUUUUGAAUGCAAAUAGAUUCACUCCCUGUAUUGAAACAUACUUUGAAGAUGAAGAUCAGUUGGAUGAGGUUGUGAAAUACUUACAAGAAAUCUACAAACAAAUAGAUGAAAAAAUGCUGACUCUGAUAAGAGAUGAUAAAAUUAAAUUUAUCCUGGAAGUUCUUCUGCCAGAAGCAAUCAUUUGUUCAAUUUCUGCUGUUGAUGGAUUAGAUUAUAAGGCAGCUGAAGCAAAGUAUCUAAAGGGACCAUCUCUAGGAUGUAGGGAAAGAGAAUUAUUUGAUGCAAAAAUCUUAUUUGAAAAGAGACGGAAACCAUUAACAAAUGAAGCUCAUUAAAUCUCUUGAGAGUCCAAACCAUAACAGGAAACUUUCAUAGAUAUUAGCUUUAAAAAGUCGCUGAACAGUUCUAACAUAUAUUUUCCAGAAAUGGGAGAGUUUGGAUACUGUGUUCACUUUUUUUUUUUU